CAAACAAAGUCCAAUACGAGCCAGUUUAGAGUCGUCCACCGGAAGACUUCGACGAUCUAAAAAUGAAAUUCAAUUGACGAUUUCAAUGUUCCAUUGCGUCAAGAAGGAGUGAUCAACUUUUCAUAUAUACUUUAUUCAUGAAUUUUUAAAAAUUAAAUAAUGAAUGAAAAUCAUCAUAAAAGUAUUUUUAUAAUAAAUAUAUUUAUAUAGAACUACCGAAUCAAAGUACCAUAAAAUGGCAGAUAAUUUGGAUUUGGACACUGAUAUAAGCGAUUACUUUCGAUCAAAUUUGCUCGCAUUACGAGAAGCAAUAAAUGCACAAGAAUUUAGAGCUUUUGGGGCACUAAACACUGGUGCUGAAAGGGUAGCUUUUGUAUUGAAGUACCCGGAAGCACAUUGCUUGCCACUCGAGGUUGAACAUGCCGAACUUAAAGACUCAACGAAAGCAAUUAAAUUAAAAGAAGAAGGAAAUAAAUACUUUGGUGGUGGCGAUUUCGUAAAGGCGUUGGAUAAAUAUUCGAAUGCUAUUCUAGUUGCUUCACAAGAAGACUCACUCAUUGCAACCUCUGUACAGAAAAAAUAAUAGCUCCUAUCCCAGCAAGUUGUAACACCUGCAGUUCCAUCGCUUAUUGCAGUACAAACUGCAGAGACCAAGAUGCAAAAUUACAUGCAUUAGAAUGUAAAAUAUUAGGUCCUCUUUGGUGCUCUGGAGCAUCUGUAACAUGCAUAUUAGCACUGAGAGCGAUAAUGCAACGACCUCUAAACGAGCUGAUUGCAUUGAAGGACAAAAUAAAUGAAAAAUAUGUGGGUUCCAAGAUCCGACCUUACAAAGGAACUGAUUAUGAGGCACUCCAUG